AUUUAGUAUUAUUAUGUAAUGAAAAGUGGAACACUUUCCCUUUUGCCGGUGAGUUGUACAAACAAAACCAGACUUCCUUGCGUUAUUUGGCCGCAAGCAACCAACAGAAGAAGAAAGGCUGGCAGCCAUGGAUGAAUUAGAUCCAUCUCCAAAGGAAUACUAUAACUCAGAAACCCAAUCCCGAAUCGCCAACAGAGCUUACCCUCCUCUCACUUCCGAAUCUACCACAAGCGUUCACGUUACAGCUCUCGAUGGCCUCGUCAAUGUCAAUUCCAUCUUCACAAUCGCCGUCUUCGUUGGUCUCUCUCUCGCCGUCCCCAACCAGCGUAGCCUUGAGGGUCGUGCAGCCUGCGACGCCGGUCCCGACGUCGCAAAGAAGCUCCUGGUAUUCGAAGUCGUUUCCUUCAGCUUCUUCCUCUUCUCCUCCCUCGUAGCUCAAGGACUGAAACUCGCAAUCAAUCUGCUAAACAGUAAGGAUGUGGAUGAGGCGUUUCGGGCUCAUAUUAAUAUUAAGAUCCUUCGAUUUGGAAUGCUGGGUUCGGCGAUUGGAUCUGUGAUGGGUUGUUUGUUUCUUGUGCUGUCGAUGGUUUGUGUGAUUGAGAUCCGGUUGGGAAUGUUGUCGUGUGGAAGUAAAUCGGCUGUUCAUGCUGCUGCUGCGUUAAUUGUGUUGGUGAGUUCUGCUCUUUUGGUUUAUUUAUCAACUACUGUGUAUGCAUUUCUUCACUAGAAUCUGAAUGCAUGUUUCACUAUUGUAAUGUUCAAUAGUGUAAGUAACCAAAAGACAAUCUUUGUACGAUGUACCUUCUUUAUCAAUGUUUGGUUCUUUGCUACUAAAACUAUUUAUCAUGUUUCAUUUGAAAUUCUCCCAUGUUUCUCA